AGUGGCUCGCCCGUGACGUCGCUUCCUGCGGCACGCAGGAAACAAGGCUUCCAGUUCACGCGAUAAUAAUCCGGACAACGCGAUUCUCAGUGGGACUUGUAGUCUUUCUUCUCUCUCCCUUCGGGUUUGUCCUUACAACCCAUAGCUCACACCCACCGCGGGCUCGGGAUUGGGAUAUCUGGGUGCGUGGCGGGGUGGGCGGGCCCGUUCUUAAUCUUGGCCGCAAGAGUUUCAUAGUGAUGGGGGGAGGGCAAGAGACACCUUUCUAACUGCUCUGAGGUCGGCUGCCAAAGAGACGCAGUAGUCCCACUGCCUUUUGGGGGCCGGGAGGGGGUGGCUUUUGUCGGCCAUGUUGGUGAAGGUAGACGAAGGAGAUCGGAGGUCCAGGACUGUCUGCUCUGCUGGCUGAAGUCCGCCAUAUUAAUAAAGAGACAGAAGGUUGACACCACCACCCCCCCAAAUACACACAACCCGUCUUUCCCACCCCGUUCCCACGACUCCUGUCGGUGGGCCCUUCCCCUGCCUCGCUUGCCUAGCCUUUGCGCGAAGGAAGCGUAGCAGCCAGCGCCUCAGAACAGGCUUAAGACAGCGCCGAAUGAGGGGGAAAGGGAAAUGCCGACCAAUUGCGCCGCGGCGGGCUGUGCCACUACCUACAACAAGCACAUUAACAUCAGCUUCCACAGGUUUCCUUUGGAUCCUAAAAGAAGAAAAGAAUGGGUUCGCCUACUUAGGCGCAAAAAUUUUGUGCCAGGAAAACACACUUUUCUUUGUUCAAAGCACUUUGAAGCCUCCUGUUUUGACUUAACAGGACAAACUCGACGACUUAAAAUGGAUGCUGUUCCAACCAUUUUUGAUUUUUGUAACCAUUUAAAGUCUAUGAAACUCAAGUCAAGGAAUCUUUUGAAGAAAAACAACACUUGUACUCCAACAGAACCAUCUAAUUUAAAAUCAAACAUUAGUAGUCAGCAAGUACUGCUUGAACACAGUUAUGCUUUUAGGAAUCCUAUGGAGGCCAAAAAGAGGAUAAUAAAACUGGAAAAAGAAAUAGCAAGCUUAAGAAAGAAAAUGAAAACUUGCUUACAAAAAGAACGCAGAGCAACACGGAGAUGGAUCAAAGCCACGUGCUUGGUGAAGAAUCUGGAAGCAAAUAACAUAUUACCUAAGGGUACAUCAGAACACAUUUUACCAACUGCCUUAAGCAGUCUUCCUUUGGAAGAUUUCAAGAUUCUUGAACAAGAGCAACAAGAUAAAACAUUAUCAAUUCUCUAAAACAGGCUAAGAAUACCUUCAUUUAAGAUUAGCCUACAUAAAACUUGAUGCCCAUCCUUCAUUCUCUUCAAAGGUAAAGAUAUUUAAGAAAAUCAUGCCAAAAUUGGGUAUUUAAUAAAGUUUUACUUGAUCUAACAUUAUUACUGUAUAAUUCCUGAAGAUUUGAUUACAAAAAAAAUGGAAGCUUUUUAUGAAAAUUUUAUUUGAAAAAGAAUGAAAGUGCCUUACAUGAGAAUUAUGUACUUAAAAAUUUUGCUAGGGAAUUGUAUGUUUGCAAGAUGUUUUGUGUUUUUGUCUUUUAAGGCUACUUUUAAAGAACUAUCUAUGACAAUGUGUUUAAUUUAUACUAGAAAAACAGGUUUUUUUUUUCCUGUAACAAUGUUAGGAUUUACAUUCUAAAUAGGAUGCUAAGUGGGAGUUAACCAACAUUAAAUAUGACUUUAAAACUGCUGGGUUUUGUAUUAAUUAUUAUUGGCACUGUGAUCUGGAAAUUUUAUAGGAAAAAAAGAUAUACAAGGCAAGUUCUUUUAUUUAAACUUUCUGUAUCUGCUUACCAAUAAAAGUGUGCUAAUCAUGGCCUCCCUCAUAAAAAUAUUAGCUUUUAAAAUAGAUUGUAAAAUAUUUCGAAAAUAAUAUUUUUAAUAUGAAGUACUCUGGAGUCAUCCAAGCAAGGUUAAGACCUCAAGUACCUCAGACUAGUAAAAACUGGUAGCUGAUUAUAUGUUGUGAAAUAAUGCAGAUGUUGUGAUCUAGCUUUUACCUUAGUUAAACAAACUUUUUCUCAUAAUAAAAAUAUUACAUUUUUGAUUCCAACAUGUAUGCAUUAGACAACAUGAUACAAAGUUCCAUAUUAGGAAUAUGUUCUCUACCCCCAUGUAUGUUGGUACCGAAACUCUUAAGCUUUUUUUUCUCCAUAACCCCACAAUAGGAUUUAAUAACAGAAGUACUUACUAUAUACCUUCACAACUUAUAACUUAAAAUGGAAUCAAUUUAUCGUAUAUAUCAGCUUGCUUUUAUCUCCUUUUUUAGUGAGUCAAAUAGAGCAACUGUACUGCAUAAGGGAAGUGAAAUGUAUUUUCUGUAAAAAUACUGUGUCCAGGGGCACCUAGGUGGCUCUGUGGGUUAGAUGACCUAUUCUUGAUUUUGUCUCAGGUCAUGGUCUCAUGGUUCAUGAGUUCAAGCCCCACAUCGGAGCCUGCUUGGAAUUCUGUCUGUCUCUUCCUCGUGUGCAUGGUCUCUCUCUAAAAUAAAUAAACUUUUUUAAAAAAUAUAUGUGUCUGAUAAAGCUAUGCAAAUGCUAUUUUACAAAACAAUCUGAGAACUAUUCUUAUAGUUGCCUCUUGACUAAUUAAAAGAGUUCACAUUAUUUCACCAGAUAAAUUGUAAUUUUAAUAAGAACGCUUUCCUUCAAACAACUUUGGGCAAAUCACAUUAAGUUUAUUAAUGUGUAAUCAAGUUAUUCAAUCCUAGUUCAAGCUUCUGACACUACCAUAUGAAAGUAGCAUAUACCUAACCAUAAUUGCUAUACCUUUUUCCUUUAAAGUAAUGGCUAUUUUGUAAAAAAAAAAAAAAUUGGGGGAAAUUUUUUUGUUGUUUUUGUUGUGAUGGUGUGUUUUUUUUUUUUAUUGGUGACAUUUGCUUGGAUCCUAGCAAUAGUCUUUUUUACAGUAUUAGCAACCUGUCUUUUAAUAGGGAAUGCCUCCCAAGCAACUGGAUUUCGCAAAGGCAAAAGUAAGAAAAGGCUGUUUUAGUUAUAUCAGGCAUUUAAAUAUUUAUGAAAAUCUUUUUGUGAAUAUUGGAAGCCUUGUUAGUCAUUUUAUCUUAAAUAUUGGAUGUAGCUCCUUGGAAUUGUCAUUACAUGUUUGUUUGUUUUUUUAAUAUGGUUCCUAAUAUCUCUUUGCUUACUGACCAUAACCUUAUGCCUCAAAAUAAGUUGAGCAAAUAAUCAUUUAAACAUAACUGUGUUGGGGUGCCUGGGUGGCUCAGUCAGUUAAGUGUCCAACUUCGGCUUAGGUCAUGAUC